AUGUCGCAACAGAGUCUCCCCUUUAUCCCCAAACACAGUGAUCAGGCUUCGCAAGGCAGUCAGGAACGCCACCCCCCAUCAGCUGGCACAACAUCGUCAGAUGUUGGCGCACCACCGCCAGAACGAUUCUACCGUGCCAAAGGCAAAGCGAAUGCACGGCAGGAGUCAAGUCCUGACAGGGUCCCUCCACAACUCUCGCAGCAUCUGGUGACUUUGGAGGAAACGAAGGAGGGCGCACUGCAUACGCUCGCGCUGUGUCGCAAUGUCAUAAUUACUCUUGAACUGACACGCCUGCGCAAGUCACGGACCGGAUACUCCUACUGGCUGACCUUCUGGGGCCGAAUAUACGAGAGAACACUCGCUCGCACUCUCUGCUCUCGAGUGGCCACGGCAUUGACUAAGAUUGAUGCGCUGUUCCGGGCUGUCUCUCAUGAGCUUCAACAACUGACAUCGCGAAUGGAGCAUGCUGUUUCUGUUGCGUCCUCGGAGAAGGAGAUUCUGCACCUGCUUGAACGCAUGGAAGAGGAAGUCAGUGCACGCCGAAGACGUAGGCGCAAAAAGGCUCAAAGUAUCAUGGAGAAGAUGCGUGCCAACAUAGAGGCCAUACCCGUUAGGGUCAGUGACGAGCUUUUCGACGAUUUGAAGCGUGGCGUGUUCGCUCUGGAUGUAUUUUGUGACUACCACCCGGGGGAUCCCGAGGCGGAAGCAAUCGAGAUGAGAUGCCCGGACAUUAACCAGCGCUUUAUGUCAUCAACACCGAUUUCUCCGUACAACUACCGUCGAUUGCAAGAGUCUCUUGCGUCUGGGGCAUAUAUGGAUCCGGGGUAUUAUCCCAGUAACACCUAUUUUAACUAUGCUGAAGAUCUGAUGUACGAGGACGGUGAUCAUCCGGUUUGGAGAGCAGUCGAAAGUCGCUCGACCUUCGAUUGGUGA